CAACCAUCUGCCCCUAUAUAUACCUCGAUGCUCCUGACACCAGCAUAGUCACACUUGGCUUCAUAACCAACUCAUCCUAACAACAAUGGCCUUUAAGUUCGUUGUCUUCUCCUGCAUCGUGGCUAUCGCCCGUGCCAGCGUAUACGUAGGAGCUCCAGCCGCUCCAGUAGUCGCAGCACCCCCAGUAGCAGCUAGAUUGGAAGAAUUCGAUGCUCUUCCACAAUAUAGAUUUGGGUACAACGUAGCUGAUUCCCUGACUGGCGACUACAAGAGCCAGCAGGAGCAACGCGACGGUGAUCUCGUGCAAGGAUCGUACUCGCUCGUCGACCCAGAUGGCACACGCCGCACUGUUGAUUAUUCCGCUGAUUCAGUCAAUGGAUUCAACGCGGUCGUGCGCAAGGAGCCAUUGGUGGCUGCAGCACCCGCAGUCGUCGCUGAACCAGCUGUAGUCCCCGCUCGUCUUGCUGCUGCCCCCGUUGCCGCCGCUCCCCUAGUAGCCGCUCCCGUUGCAAGAUACACGGCCGCUUACACCGCCCCAGCAGCGUAUGCACCCAUUGCAUACAAUACACCCUUCGCGAGACUAGCGGCAUACCCAGCACCUUACGCUCCAGUCGCCAGGCUGGCCGCUGCUCCUGUUGUUGCUGCGUAAACUACUUUAAUGUUUUGGACUGAUCUUGACUAUGGCCAUUAAACUUUUUUAUUUGACAA